UGUUCUGUGAUUCCUUCUGUGAUUUUUAAGGCUCAUAAUUCUCUCCAAUUGAUAGGAAACAGUAGUUCAAUCAUUUGUUUCUAUCAACGCGAUCCGAAGAAUUCCGGAAUAAUUUGUGUGAGCGUUGAUAUUAACGACUAUUCUCUCGUUAUCGAGGUAUGGAAAUUUCAGGCUAUUGUACCUCAUCAAUUUGAAUUCAAACAGGAGAGUACAAUGCACACAUUCGUCGAUCUCUCCAUUCAAAUUUCAAAUCAAUUUCCGGGGAUGCUCGACUGUAGAAAUAAUACGAUUAAUCCCUUUUCAGUUUGAAUCAACAGAAUGAAAUCAGUAUCAACUUCAAAUUGACUCUGUUCGACUUUAUUCUCCUUCCGUAUGUUGUUUGGGAAGGAAAUAUCGUUCUGAUGGGCUGUUUCAGAUGAUUGCAAUCAUAUUAAAUUGACCCGAAGACUUUUCCCCAUAAAAUUACAGAGAAACUAAAAAUCUCUUCAUUAAAUUCUCAGCGAUCAAUUAAUAAAUUUGAAGAAGUAGUUGAGAGAUUUCGCUCUCCAGGUUCUCCUCAAAACACAUGAAUAAAUCUCGUCCUCUGCAUCUCUUCGCUCUAGUCUGGUACAGAAAAGCAUUUGCCCAUUUCAUCUUCACCCAUUAUCUUCCAUCCAUCAAGAACUAAAUCUCCAGUUGUUCGGUCUGACCCUAGCACUUCGCAACCCAAUGGACAUCACCCCAUUCUUAAUCCCCUAACAACAUUUGUCCAGUAAAUGUCAUUUGGAUGACUGUUCCCAGAAGAUUGAAAUAAUUUCCGUGCCCGUAACAUCGUUACCACCCCAUUUCCCUCGCAAUCCACCCCAGAAGUACAAGUCCAACUUCAUUUUUCUCAUUCACCCCAUCGCCAUCUUUCAAAUUGUCAGAACAAAUUCGUUGAGUACUGGGUAUAUUCGCAUUCAUUGUCAGCCCUCAACAAUCAGAUCGGAAUUUGUUGACCCGUUGAAAUACUGAAAAUAAAAUGUAGGCGUGUGAGUGAGAAUGAAAGAGGUUGAGUGAGAAAGAGCGAGCUCGAAAGGUCCUGCGUGCUGAGCGAGUAAAGGCGGGCAACUAUAUUGAUCUAUCUGUCUCUCACUGGGGGUAUAUUGGUACCGCGUGCUCUACGACCCAGUGCCACACAGUACAUUCACCAAUUCUCGCGAGCGGAAGUGCCCGUGUAAACAUUGUUUCAUCAAACACCUUUUUUUAACGUCAAUUUUGUCCCGCCAACACUUUGUGCCACAAAAUCGGUUGUUAAGUGCAAAGCAAAAUUUUUCUUGUGCGGUUCAUUAUCUCAAGACUCGAAAGGGAUCGGAGUAGGCCACGUGUACUAUUACAGUGUGAUAAAAACAUUGCGAUCGAAUUCAGUGACAUAAUUGUGAUGAGAUGAUGGUGAUCAACAGCUGACGAUGCCUCGUUGCUGCGGGGCAUCGCCGGGCUCCGUAAUGGACGGCGAUGGAUCACCGCAGAAGGUCGAACUUCACAUUCGAGAUGGAAAUCCGAGAAACAAAACGGCCCUGGCACCGGGCCACAGUCUGAUGGACUGGAUUCGCCUGGGCUCAUCGGGAGUUGAUCUUACUGGAGUUGGGGGUGUUCACCAAGUCAUAACACUCACAGAACUCGCGAAACACAAUCAGAGAAAUGACGCCUGGAUUGCUAUCCGAGGCAUUGUGUUCAAUGUUACCCGGUACAUGGACUUUCACCCUGGUGGUGUGCCAGAGUUGAUGAAGGGAGUGGGAAAAGAUGCGACUAAACUGUUUGAAGACGUGCACGCGUGGGUUAAUUACCAGAGUAUUCUGCAGAAGUGUGUGGUGGGAAGGUUAAUUAGGGGAAAUGGAGUUGAAGCGCCUACCAGUCCCUUUGGAAAUGAUAAAAUUACGAAAUUGUCGCCACUUGCUGCUGGAGCGAAAACUUCAGGAACUGACGGGAAGACCUCGACAACCCCUCAGACACUCAAAAGCGACUGGAAGCAAACGACCAACACAGUGACCUUCGUAUACAAGCCAUCGCGAAGCCAACAAUCUCCCACUUUUCAACUAACACAUCAGAGUCCGACCGAAUUCACCCUAAAAAUUCAAUUUUCAAGCACUUCCAUUCGUCACGAGUAUGACCUAGACGAGGGGGUGCAGUGGCCACCCACAUGGCGUCGAAAUUACGAGUCAAUGGAGGUCGAAUUCACCUUUACAAAGACAACUGGAAAACUUUGGCACUCAUUCGGAACCCGAACUGUCGCUUUUGACACGAAAAAUGAUAGAUGUUACAGGGAUUGGGAAGUCGUUAGUAACACAUCACUUUGUGAAUCCGUUAAUCUCUUAGUUUUAAGAUGUAGAGAUUAUAUGGAGGUAACGCCAGUCGGUAGACACAUAGACGUCAAGAUGAGUUUACUAGGUAUGGAUGUCUCAAGGCCUUACACCCCAGUUCCACCUUCACUCCAUCCCGAUGACGAGGCACCUGGUUACAAACCGAACAGCCUGUGUCUGAUGAUAAAACGUUACGACGAUGGCGCCCUUACUCCGUCCAUAACAGCUCUGCAGCAAGGGCAAUGCCUGAGUUUGAGUAAUAGCCUGGGUACCUUUGUGGCUGAAUCCUUUGAUGACUGCACCGCCAUUCACAUGCUUGCCGCAGGCACUGGAUUAACACCAAUGCUGGGUAUUAUUCAUCGGUCACUCGGCCGACGCAAUGUGAGUUCGAUAAAUCUCGUUAACUUCAACAGAGAUGAGAAGAGUAUUUUCUAUCGAGAGCAGUUGGACAGGGUUUGCUCUGAUAACAGAUUAAAUGUUGUCCACGUGCUCUCGCAGGCUGAUGAAAAUUGGGAAGGCAGACGUGGAAUUGUCUCCGAGGAUUUAAUUAAAGAAGUUAUUGGCGCGUGUAACAAGCAGGCCUGUGUCUUUACGUGCGGACCCAGAGGAUUUAUGACUGCUGCAAAAACGUCGUUAUUGAAACUAGGUUGGCAACCCUCUCAGAUGCACGAAUUCGAUGGAUAGUUUUAGCCUCACCGAAAGUACUAAUUGGUCCAAGUAUAACCCAUUUAAGGAUUGAACGACUGAAACAAUUAGUGAUCCUGAUCGAUGAAUUAUCGAUUACUAAGCUCCCGGUUGGCUGGGUCAUACCUGCCUGAAACAUAUGAAGCUACUUCAUCCUUCCAAAUGGCCCGAGGAAAAAAAAAUAGUGAAAGUAAUUCAAUUUUUUGGUUCUCAAUGGCUUGAUGAAAAUUUUGCUGUAGAAGAAACAGAAACAUUCACGAUUGAAGAGUUCUUUGCCAGUUUCUCCAUCUCUUUGAUGUCUCCGUGAUAAGUAGAGUACAAAGAAUUUUAUCAUCUUUUUGCGCAUAACGUGGUCAACUUUUAAUUGUAAACAUAGUUAAAUAUUAAUGGGAAUCACCACGGGUAACGUUCAACCAUAAUUCAUUAAUUUAUAGAUGAAAUUUUAGAGAACACUUGUUAUGAUAAGACGUCGGUGGAAUUUAGAGGUCAGAUUAAUGAAGAAAGUUGUACAGAUGAUGAAAAUGUCUUUUUGAGAAUUUUAAGUGGACUAAGUGCUGAAAUGUUCCAUGAGUCGUAGAAUUAUGUACAUUAAUUACAUGUAAAUAAGGAGGAGGGCUAUAUUUGUAUGUGACUUGCACCUGAACUAAAAAAAACACAUAAUGUAACUGGAAUAAAUUGAUGAUAUCGUUGACACAAAUAA